AUUGCUUUGUAAAAAAAACACAAUUUUAUCAAAAACUCAGACGUUGAGUGCUUCCUCGCCUUACGAAUCAGUUGGUGGGCGGGGGCAGUGCCAGUGUGUUGACUCUUGAAAGCAGAAACCGCUCAAAAUAUCAUAAAUUUAUUUGAUUUUGUUUGGUUCUAACCCUAGUUUGUGUAUGCGCAAGAGCGAAGAACAAUGAAUCCUCUUAUUUGGCACAAAGUUGCUGCAGUCUCCGGAAUGGCAGCUCUUGGAUUAGGCACAUAUGGUGCCCAUGGCUUCAAACCAAACAACCCUUCUUACAAAGAGGUUUGGAACACAGCAUCUCUUUACCAUUUAGCUCAUACAGCUGCAUUGAUUGGUGCUCCUAUAACUAAAAACCCCAAUAUAUUUGGAGGGCUUUUGACUACUGGAAUUGUCGCCUUCUCGGGGACGUGUUAUGUGGUGGCGUUUCUUGAAGACAGAACAUAUGCUCGAUUAGCCCCAUUUGGUGGAUUUGCAUUUAUUGCUGCCUGGGGAAGCUUGCUGUUCUAGAAUUACCUUCCUACCCCUGAAGAUGAAUCAAGCUAGAAAUAAUCCCCCUAUAGAUUUCAGUGGGGGGUAUUAAAGGCAUGUUUUUUACAUGUAUUUUUGAACUAAAAAACUGUUGCUUUUAUGAUCCCAUGCCUUAGCAAUUUGUAAAGAACCAGUAAUAUUCCAACAUAUAUCUAUUAAAAAGGAUUCUUUUCAAGACAAA